AUGCGAUUUGUAAUAGCUUUAGUGUUCGGGCUCCUCUUAUCAUAUGUACAUGGUCAAACUACAUCAGUACCUAAUUACUAUUGUUACGAAAAUAAUGAUUCUGUCCAAUUUACAUUAUCUUUAUCAUCUCACUCUGCAUGGCAACCAACAUUAAAUUGUUCUUUACAACAAUGUAAUACAAGUUUUAAUGAUAAUAGCAUUUGCCGCUCAUCAACAACACCUUGUUUCGAUUAUCGUACACUCAAUUAUACUAGUUAUUGUGCACCUGGCAUUUUAUGUUCUAUUUUGGAACCAUGUAACAAUACUAAUUAUAACUGUGCAUCAAAUACUUCCGUAUGUAUUGUUAAUUCGUGCUGUUCACCACAAACAGUAUGUUUACCAUUGUCAUGGUUGAAUUUUUGUAAAUUAGGAUGGAUUAACACUGGUAACAUGAAUGAUGCUCGAGGUUGGCAUACAGCAUCCGUAUUAACAAAUGGUAAUGUGUUAGUCACUGGUGGAUAUAAUGGAGAUUUUUAUCUGAAUAGUGCUGAGUUGUAUGACCUAUCAACAGGAAUUUGGACAACGACUGGUAGUAUGAAUAAUGCACGAUUUGCACACACGGCAUCUGUAUUAACAAAUGGAAAAGUGUUAGUUACUGGUGGAUAUAAUGGAAGUCUUUCUUUGAACAGUGCUGAAUUAUAUGAUCCAUCAACACGCACUUGGAUAACGACCGGUAGCAUGAAUGAUGCUCGAAGUGAGCACACGGCGUCCAUAUUAACAAAUGGCAAAGUAUUAGUUAGUGGUGGAUCGGAUGGAAUUUCUUCUAUAAAUAGUGCUGAGGUAUAUGAUCCAUUAACAGGCAUUUGGACAAUGAUUGGUAACAUGAGUGAUGCUCGACGUGGACACACGGCAUCCGUCUUAACUAAUGGCAAUGUUUUAAUUACUGGUGGAUAUAAUGGAAGUUUUUCUUUGAACAGUGCUGAGUUGUAUAAUCUAACAACAGGAACUUGGACAAUGACUGGUAGCAUGAAUUAUGCACGAUAUGUACACACAGCAUCUGUAUUAGCAAAUGGGAAAGUCUUAGUUACUGGUGGAUAUAAUGAAAGUCUUUGUCUAAACAGUGCUGAAUUGUAUGAUUCAGCAACAGGUACUUGGACAAUGACUGGUUACAUGAAUAGUGUUCGACGUGACCACACGGCAUCCAUAUUAACAAAUGGGAAAGUGUUAGUUAGUGGUGGGACGGAUGGAAUCUCCUCUUUAAAUAGUGCUGAGAUAUAUGAUCUAUCAACAGGAACUUGGACAAUGACUAGUAAUAUGAAUAAUGCACGAUCUCUACAUACAGCAUCUGUAUUAACAAAUGAAAACGUGUUAGCUGUCGGUGGAUCAGGAGCCGUAGCUCUGAAUAGUUCAGAAUUAUAUUAG